UUUCUGGGUCUCCCCUAAUUUCCCCAUUAGGUAUCAUCUCUUCGUUCUCAAUCUCAAUCUUAUUUAUUUUCAAGCUUCAAAUCCCGAUUUGAAGACACGAAUACCAUUCUCGUAGACAAUUGAUUCAAAAUCACUGAUUCAGGUUUGGUUGUUCGUUUGACCGAGAAGCUUACUGUGAGUCGCACUUUAUCAGAUUUUCAGCUGAAUUGGUACGACCUCACUUAAUUAGAAGGAAUAGUCAAAAGCUUAAGGUGGUUCAAUUUAGAUAGUAGACCAACAAAGCUCAUUGGUUUAUCGUCACAAGGCAUUUGGACUCAUACUACUGUUAUUACUUAAGCUUUUGACGCUUACAUGGCGAUGCGGAAGAGUUUUAGAGAACAACAUGGUGAAGGAUUAUUGCUACUUAAAACUACAAAUGUCAUUUCUAGUGCAAGUGGUGAACAUCAAAUGGGGAAGAGUUCUGCAGAAAAAAACAUGUUGAAUGCAUAUCAAUAACUCCCCCAUCAUUUCCAGUUCUUCAUAAGCAGUUGGGAGUUUUGGCAACCAAAAGUAUUACCACUAUGAGCUCUAAAGAUACACCGUUGUGGUUAAAGGAGAAUCUCGAAGAACACGUAAAUUAUCCUCUUAGAGUUCUGUUAUUCGACACUACCGCGUGUCCAGGACAUGAAGAAGGUCUUAUGGGACGGGAGUGUUACGGUGAAGAGCACAUGGUGAAAGCUUGCUCAUUAUUUUUGGUGGAGAAGAAUUUGACUAUUACUGCUGCCAGAUUUGAAAAUCAAGCAGGGUUGAUGAAUAGUUUCAGAAAUUUUGUAGAAGGCAGUGUGCAAAGCUUAGUGGCAAAACUGUCAUCCAAAACUGUUGCUUGUCCAAGACAUGAAGAUCUAAUAUGGUUGAAGUUUAUUUUAAAUAAAGAACAAGAAGGACACUCAGUAAAUUUUAUAGAUAGGAGUCUACAGUAUUUGUUACCUGGGACUACUACUGCUUCCAGAUCCAAUGAUCAAGUCGUGUUGAAGAAGAGUUUUGAAGAAUGUGAAGAAGGUACUGCACAACUGAUGCAAAGCGUAUUGCCGAAUGAAGUUAUAGUAUUUGAGAUCUUAACAAGAGUGUCCCUUAGUGCUCUUCUACAUCAAUUUCAAUGGGUUUGCAGAGAUUGGCAUAACUGCAUUCAUGAGAGUAAGUUCCAGCUCAUCCAUUCUCGGAGGACUCCUAUUGCAUCAGGUUGCUUCUUUUUCCUGGAUCGUUAUGCUCCGAAUGUAUCUGAUUCUAUCAGAUUCUUCCCAUUCAACGAUGAUCCUUCCAGUCCCCCACGGAAUCCAUCUCCUUCUCUCGACUUUCUACCAUCACCUGUUGCGAUUGCAGGUUCUUCUCCUUAUGGUUCCCUGCUUUGUUGUGUCACUCUCGAUAAAUUACAGACAAGAAAGGGUAUUCCGAUUUUCUACAUAUGUAAACCAGCAACUCGAGAAUGGAGAAAGAUACCAAACCCUAAAACCAAAUUCAUAAAUCAUGGAAUGCGAAUAGUUGUGACACAAACUUACCCUACGUUGCAAUACAAGAUAGUUCGUAUUUCAUCUACCAGCGGUGUGAUUUUGGAGUACCAUUGCGAGAUGUUUGAUUCAGUCACCUGGGCUUGGAAGAGAUUGGCCGAUCUGAAAACUCUUAGUUGGUUGCACGAUACAUUUGGUGGUGUUAUGAUUAAUGGGUGUUUACAUUGGAUCACCAACAAGCGUCGAAUUCAUGUUUUAUCCAUAGAGCAAGAGAAGUGGAAAGCAGUUAUCCGACUUCCGCGAAAUACCGUAGAAAGCAGAUCAAAUAGGUAUUUGUUAAUUUUAAUUGAUGGAAAAAUUGGUGUUCUGAUCAGUAACAAUGAGUGCAUUGAACUUUGGGUAUUAGAGAAUUACUACAGCUAGGGCUGAACAUGGUUUCGGUUUUCCGUUGGAAUCGGACCGAACCAAACCGAUUAGGAAGAAACUGAACCAAACCAUUUACUAAUGGAUUGGUUAUGGUGUAGAAAGUGGAAAACCGAUAGUGUUGGUUUUGGUUUGGUUUGACCUCUAAAACCGAACCAAAAACCAUUGGAAAACCGAUUAAUUUUUAUACUUAG